UUCCCGUUCACGUUUACAAUUCACAUUUCGCGUUCUCGUUCACAUUUGGAUACUCACUGUGACACAUACACGCCCACACGGCAUGAGGCGUGGUAUAAGGUGUGGUCAUUAUACAGAAUAAUAGUGAUGGGCGAAUCCAGAAAUUUGCAUUCGAUUCCGAUUCUGAAUACUUCUGAGACUGGAAUCGAUGGAAUCGAAUACCGAUUCCGAGACUACAUCUGCGCAUGCGCAAGGCCACGUGGUAUCAAUUACAGCAAUAAUUAAGGUAUUAACUACUGAUUUAUUAACUAUUAUUAAUAUUAAAAGGUGUGGUUGGGUGUGGUUUAACUCGGAAUCGUUUCAAACGAUUCCUACUUCUCUUUCGAUACGAGUACGAUUCCAUUCGGAAUCGAAGGAUCGAAUACUCCGGACUCGGAAUCGCCCAUCACUACAGAAUAAAGAUGGAUGACAGUGUAAAUGAUUUGAUUAUGGAGUUAAAGAGACUAAAUUGUACUUCUAGGGAGAUUCAAAGUUUUAUUCGUCCCAUCAAAGAACUGAGUAUGAGACAUAUUCAAAGAAUUUUGCAGAAAUCAGGUUUUGGAAGACGUAGAAGAGAUUCUUUGCAAGAUGUUAUAGCUGCAAUCCAUAAUGAAUUAAAUGGGCCUGGAAGUUUGCUUGGUUAUAGAUCAUUAUGGCACAGACUGAAAAGGAAAUACAAUCUUUCAGUUUCAAGAGACUGUGUAAUGAUAUUGCUAUCAGUAAUUGCUCCGGAAGGGACUAAAGUAAGAAAAUCCAGAAGGCUACAACGUCGGAUCUACCUAAAUAAGGGGCCAAACUAUUUGUGGCAUAUUGAUGGAUACGAUAAACUUAAGCCAUAUGGCAUAACAAUUCAUGGUUGUGUUGAUGGGUAAUAUAAUAGCUAAUAAUUAUUGUAAUA